UGGCUUAAUCUACACAUUUCAUUCCUAAAUGUGACUAGUGACAUUUCUGAUGUUUUUAGAUGUCCCUCUAACAGUGCUACUGACCAAAAUGGACAAAGCAUGUCCUCAUGUGGAAAAGGAUUUGAAGAAAGUGUACCGCAGCUGCUACAUAAAGGAUCUGAUCAAAAAAGCAAGUACAUGUCUGGGCAUUGCGGAGUCAAAUGUGCUUCCAGUGAAGAAUUACUCCCAUGAGAUUGAGCUGAAUGACACCUGUGACAUCCUGCUCCUCAGUGCUGUGAAGCAGAUGCUCAACUUUGCUGAUGACUACAUAGAGAGUAUUUAUGAGAACCAACAGUAGAGAAAUGUUAUGUUAGUAGAGACAUAUGCCAACAACUCAUUGUAUUUGGGGACAUCGGCAAAUUCUGAUAGUUAAGAUGGUCAAGAGCUGCUGCCCAAGAUUUUGUGA